AUGGCUCGUUUUCAACCCAUCUUACCAUUAACAAAUAUUUUACCUGGUAGUCGUCGAUAUCGUUCCCAUACUACACAACUUAUUUUAUUAAUUAUUUUCAUAUUUUUAUGUUUAACGGUCAUCGCGUUUUAUUAUUUACCCGAUGCAACACGAGUGGAUUUUGUCGACAUCAUUAAACGACAUAAAGAUGACUUCGAAGCCGUUUUUGUUCCGCCUAUUCCAAAACCACCACUUCAUUGGGGACCAAAUAGGUUAGAGAACGAACAUAAUCAUUCAGUACAUUUAUAUGAAGAACAAGCAAAAUUAAAAGAAAAAAUUGAACGUGCAAAAGCGGAUGAUACAUUAGUUGCACCAGAUCUAAAACCCAAAACAUCAACAUUGAGUCCCGAGAGUAAAGAUGGAAUAGAUCGAAUAAAAUUUAAUCUAACCGACGAUAUUGGAAAUAGUGAUCAACCAUUAUCGAUUCAAAAUUUAACGCAAUUAUUUGGAAACAUGUCUAUUGAACAGUUACAACAAAUCAAAUCUCCAAGAAUUAGAAGAGAAAAAGUUAGAGAGCGAAAACUGACGUCGCUUAGAAUUACACAAUAUAUGGAUAGUUUAUAA